AUGCUUUCGAAUGAUUCAACCAACUCCUCGGAAAGUGACAAUGAAGCUCAUUCAGCCUUUACACAGACUGAGCACAACAUAGUUGCAGCUUACUUAAUAACAGCAGGAGUGAUAAGCAUUUUCAGCAACAUUGUUGUGUUAGGCAUCUUUGUUAAGUACAAAGAGCUUCGGACAGCAACCAACGCAAUUAUUAUCAACUUGGCUUUUACUGACAUUGGUGUUAGUGGCAUUGGUUACCCCAUGUCUGCUGCCUCAGACCUGCAUGGACGCUGGAAAUUUGGAUAUACUGGAUGCCAGAUCUAUGCUGCCUUAAAUAUCUUUUUUGGGAUGGCAAGUAUUGGUUUGCUUACUGUUGUUGCAGUUGACCGUUAUCUGACAAUCUGCAGGCCUGAUAUAGGAAGAAGAAUGACUACCCGUAACUACGCCACUCUAAUAAUUGCUGCUUGGAUAAAUGCAGUCUUUUGGGCCUCCAUGCCUACUGUAGGCUGGGCUAGCUAUGCUCCUGAUCCUACUGGAGCAACAUGCACAGUAAAUUGGAGGAAAAAUGAUGUGUCCUUUGUUUCCUACACAGUGAGUGUAAUUGCUGUUAAUUUUGUUGUACCCUUAACUGUCAUGUUUUACUGUUAUUACAAUGUUUCCCGGACAAUGAAACAAUAUGCCACCAGUAACUGCUUGGAGAGCAUCAAUAUAGAUUGGUCUGACCAAGUAGAUGUAACAAAGAUGUCUGUUGUGAUGAUUGUGAUGUUUCUGGUGGCAUGGUCUCCAUAUUCCAUUGUGUGUUUAUGGUCUUCCUUUGGAGACCCAAAGAAAAUUUCUCCUGCAAUGGCCAUCAUAGCUCCUCUGUUCGCAAAAUCUUCUACAUUCUAUAAUCCCUGCAUUUAUGUUGCUGCAAACAAGAAGUUUCGGAGGGCAAUUCUGGCAAUGGUGCGAUGUCAGAGACGACAGGAGAUAACUAUAAAUAAUGCCUUGCCCAUGAAUGUAUCUCAGAAUGCACUGACAUCGUAAAACUUGCUUCAUUUGCCUGCAUAUGUUAAAUGGAAAGAAGUCAAAUCUGGGUUACAGUUAAUUGUUUGGUAUAAUAAUCUGCCUUAUCCAGCCAGCUGUUUUCUGUUAAUCACAGUAAUGUUUUAGAUGGUGUAAAAACAAAAAGGAAAAAAAAGUUUAGACUUUAGUUUCAGGCAAUGAGGCUGAAUGGCCCAAUAUGUCUAUUCCAAACAAAAAAGACUAGUGAAGUGUUCAUUAGACUCUUGGACAAGGUGAGGCAGGGGCAGGGAGAGACUAGAGCUGGAAGUGCUUAGCCUCAGUAGCAAAGAUUUCUUUUGUAAAUGACUUGUCCUCAACCUCCCUUUAAAUUUUCCAGGAUUUCAAUACUCUGGAUUCUCCCUUUCUGUUUAUAUACAA